AUGAACGACCUUUGGGUGAAACACUGUGGGAUUAGCCAUACCGGGAGCUUUAAAGAUCUCGGUAUGACUGUUUUGGUUAGUCAGGUGAACCGGUUAAGGAAAAUGAACCGGCCUGUUGUUGGUGUGGGGUGCGCUUCGACCGGUGACACGUCAGCUGCUUUGUCCGCUUACUGUGCAGCGGCUGGGAUACCUUCGAUUGUGUUUUUACCCGCGAAUAAGAUCUCUAUGGCUCAGCUUGUUCAGCCGAUAGCUAACGGCGCGUUUGUGUUGAGUAUCGAUACUGAUUUCGACGGGUGUAUGAAGCUGAUCAGGGAGGUGACUUCGGAGUUGCCGAUCUACUUGGCGAACUCUUUGAAUAGUUUGAGGUUAGAAGGGCAGAAGACUGCGGCUAUCGAGAUUCUUCAGCAGUUUGAUUGGCAAGCUCCAGAGUGGGUGAUUGUUCCCGGUGGGAACCUUGGGAACAUCUACGCGUUCUACAAAGGUUUCAAGAUGUGUCAAGAGCUGGGGCUUGUGGAUAGGAUACCGAGGCUGGUGUGUGCGCAGGCGGCUAAUGCGAACCCUCUUUACUUGCAUUACAAGUCUGGUUGGAAAGACUUCAAGGCCAUGACCGCGAGUACCACUUUUGCGUCCGCGAUUCAGAUCGGUGACCCUGUGUCGAUCGAUAGAGCGGUGUAUGCGCUGCAGCAGUGCGAUGGGAUCGUGGAGGAGGCGACGGAGGAGGAGCUGAUGGAUGCGAUGGCGCAGGCGGAUUCUACUGGGAUGUUUAUUUGUCCGCAUACGGGUGUGGCGUUGACUGCUUUGUUUAAGCUGAGGAAGCAAGGAGUGAUUGCGCCGACGGAUAGGACGGUGGUUGUGAGUACUGCUCAUGGGUUGAAGUUUACUCAGUCGAAGGUUGAUUAUCACUCCAAAGCGAUUCCUGACAUGGCUUGCAGAUUCUCUAACCCUCCUGUUGAAGUGAAAGCAGACUUCGGAGCUGUCAUGGAUGUUCUCAAGAGUUACCUAGGAAGUCAGAAGCUUAGGUCAUAAGAAUCAGACUCCUCUUUGUGUUAUCUUUAUCUGUUUCUCAGUUUUGUAAUAAGUUCUAACUUUAAGUUUGAACAAACAAGUAGCUGUUGCAAGAGUACAUCGUUACAACUA